AUGGAUAGUUUGCUGAUUUGGAACACCCGAGGAGUGGGCAAUACUCCCACCAUUUCAACCCUUCAUCGCCUCAUUUCCAAGUUCAAGCCAUCCAUUGUCGUCAUCCUCAAGCCGAUGCUCAGGGAUGAUAAGAGAGUACAAGUAGGCCUUCAGCUUGGUUUCCGUUCCUCAGUCUCUAACGCUGCUCAAGGGGGGCAAGAUUUGGGUUUUCUACGCCCUUCCCUGACUGUUGAUCUCAUUGCAGUCUCCUCCCAGAUGCUAAGUAUCUCAGCAGCUAUUCAGGGUGGCCCGGUUUCGAUCUUGCUCUCUUUUGUCUAUGCGAAGUGCUCCAGAAGCCUUCGGAAAAACCCGUGGGACCAGAUUGCAGUGUUAGGAGCUGGCCCUGCCUUGCCUUGGGUUGUAGCAGGGGACUUCAACACUGUGCUAUCUGCGUUUGAGAGGCAAGGUAGAGGCAUCUUUGAUAGCUCGAGCGCAUCAGAUUUUGCUGAUGCUCUUAACAGGGCAGGCCUUCUCGACGCAGGGUUCUCGGGAAACCAGUUCCCCUGGUGCAACAACCAGAGUGGGCAGUCUAGAUCUUGGGCCAGAUUAGACAGAAUUUGCUGCAACAGUCCCUGGCAGACAGCAUUUCCAGCCUUCCAGAGCAAGCUUAGAUAUGUUCAAACAACUCUUAAGAGCUGGAACAAGGACAUCUUUGGCAAUAUUUUCAACAAUGUUGAGCUAGCUGAGGAGGAUCUGUCAGCUACAGAAGACAUAGUGCUUCGGGAUAACAACCCAGAUAAUCUCCAAAAGCUGAAUCAGGCCAAAGAAAAAUUAACUCACUUGGAGCUUUGUGAGGAGAUUUUCUGGAAACAAAAAUCCAGAAACCGCUAG